CUGCUGCCUCGGCUCUGUUAUCUUCCGCUCCCCGCCGUCUGAGCUGCGGAUCUCCUCCGGACCUUUACCAGGAUUUAUUCAUUUCCCAUUAAAACUUCACUAAACGCCGAAGCGCUCCUCCCAUGGUGUCCCCGGGAGACUCUCCGACAUUCACUCGACUUCACGGAAACUAUCGGCGACCGUUUUGGGGGGUCUUGAAAAAAUCAUGGAAACGUGGUUUUUGAAUCACGUCCUCGGUUUGUCUCUUCUGGUCCUUCAUCUGGGUCUGCCGGGGCCCCUCCGGGCUGGGACCCCCAGUAACAACAGCACGAAUACGGCAACUCCAGCACUGGAUGACUCGGUGGCCACGGAUGAAGUCAGAAGCAUGGAAAACAGCGCAACUUCAAAUUCAUACUCCAGCGAGACUUUAACACCAUCACAGAGAAACCUCCUGCUCAGGCACGCUGCAGAAACUCACGCUGCUACUGCUGGAAACUUCGGCACAGACCAGACACAGUCCAUUACAGAAACAAGCAGUGGGUCUAUAGAGACUGCAAAUCCACUGUCUACUGAGCCACUUACCUCCAACUUUGUAACUGCCACUGAGGCCAGCAGCAGCAGCAACAGCAGGGACUGGAAGGACAGCAGCAGCAGCAUCAGCAGCAGCAGCAGCAGCGACAGCAACAGCAGGGACUGGAAGGACAGCAGCAGCAGCAGCAGCAGCACCAGCACCAGCACCAGCAGCACAGCAGCAGCAGACAGCAGCAUCAGCAGCAGCAGCGACAGCAACAGCAGGGACUGGAAGGACAGCAGCAGCAGCAGCAGGGACUGGAAGGACAUGACUUACACAGACAAGACGCCAGGUAUCUCUUAUGUUGUGUCAGAGGAGGAUAGGCCCCAGGUGUUUACAGAGGAGGGCCACCUACUCCAAGACAACCCAGACACUACUCUCCAAAUGGGGGAUGCCACAGCCUCCCACACAGACGUCCUCACCGACAGCACCUACACCACCACCAGCCGAGCUGGGGAGAGGACCUUGCUGUCUGUUACCUCCUCCUCCAGCAACACCACCUCAUCUGCCUUUACAGAAGACUCCAACUCCCGUCAGCCUCCUUCCACUUGGGGUAUUUCUCCUAAGUCGACAGAGACUGAGAACUACACCCACAGUGCCCCGUCCACAGGGAUUACUGGAAGGGACGUGACCGACUCGUUCAAAGGAGUGUUUUCAGAAACUGGGAGCCCAGCAAGUUCCAGUGGAACCCAGAGUAUUACUGGACAUCCCAAUGCCACCGAACAACAGCACACGUCGACAUCAGAAGAGCCGUCUGACUCAACGUCAUCUAUCAGGGUGACAGAGCCCAGCACUGACCAAUCUCAAAUGUCAUUUUCCUCUACGCCUCCUUUCACCUCACCUGCAGGAGGUCCCACCAAUAUUUCAGGAACAGAGCAAGGCUUGGGCUCUAGUUCUGGAGCGUCUACAGAGUUUUCAACUGGAGACCACAGUUCUAGCACUCAGAGUGGCACUGAGGGGCUUUCAUCGCAGACCAGAGAGGGAAAUGUCGACUUGGGUCUGACUGCAGUGCCCUCUACUGUCAGUAGUAGUACGUCUGAAACAAAUCAGUCUCUGACAGAUAUGCCACCACUGGGUACUAACGUCUUCCUCAUCACCUCACCUGCCACUGUUACAGAAAGAUCGCAGAUAACAGAAGAAAACCCUAUCAUAUCAACCGCUUUCAGCACCACCACCAGCACCCCAACCUCCACUGAGGCUAUUACCACACCUCCUCUAGUUCCAACUUCAUCCGCAAGGUUGACUAGCACCGUGACUAGCUCUCCUCUACAGUCCCCUACCAGUGCCACUGUCCUAUACAGUUCGUCCUCCACGGUAGCCUCCACUCUGGCAGCGCAACCGACCCAACGUGCGCCACCCAGGCACACGGAGGGCCCCGUGACUGGGAUGUCUGACCCCACUAAUGUCACCACCCUGCAGAUCGAAACAAGCACGGGAACUAGCAGAGUCACCACAGCUCACAGCAAGUCCAUCACUACAACCUACACCCACAGUACCCCAACCAAGAGUACGGAAGCUCUGCACACCACUAGGAAUCAGACAGACAGAGGUCCUACAGAGCUGGCGGUCACAACACCACCCCCUGAUUUUCAGCACACCAGUCCACCACCACCACCUCCACCUCCAAGAAACCCCUGUGUGUCCAACCCUUGUAACAAUGAAGGGAUUUGUAUGGGUGAUGAACCGGAUGCGUUCAGGUGUAGCUGUCAGCAAGGAUGGACGGGACGGACCUGCAACAAGGAUAUUGAUGAGUGUAAGCAAAAGCAAGAACCCUGCCCCAAAGGCUCCACGUGCGUUAACACGAAUGGCUCAUUCAGCUGUGAAUGCCCGCUGGGCUUUGACCUUGAAGAUGGACGCACAUGCAGCCGAGCUAAGACAUUUCUCUGCACUAUCAGUGCCAACGGAUCACUACAUAACUCUGAUAUCCAAAGACAGAUCAUCAAGCUGUUCAAUGUUUCACUCUCUGACUACCCAGGUUACAGGCGCUCAACAGUGACCAAGCAAGAGAAGGAUGGUGUUAGUGUCAUGGUUGCUAACACGUUUUCCACCUCCGCUAAUGUGACAACCACUGAGGUCAACAACAGAAUCCAGAUGUCUCUCAAAACCUGCAGCUCCGCAUUAGCCCACUGCCAGGUGGUCCUGAAAUACAAGCUCACUUACCACGCGGAGAGUCUUUGUGCGGCUCAGAAAACCCAGUGUGAUGAAGAGCGCUCCAGCUGCACGGACACCAGUGGUAUCGCGUGCUGCCAGUGCCGUGAGGGAUACUACAAACACAAUCCUGACGAUUUGUACUGCUUAGAAUGUGGAGAUGGCUUAAAACUAGAAAAUGGCACCUGUGUCCCAUGCAUGUUUGGUUUUGGAGGAUUCAACUGUGGAAAUUUUUACAAGCUGAUUGCAGUGGUAGUGUCACCUGCAGGGGGCGCCCUGCUCCUCAUCCUUGUCAUUGCUCUCAUUGUCACUUGCUGCAAGAAAGACAAAAAUGACAUCAAUAAGAUCAUCUUUAAAAGUGGAGACUUGCAGAUGUCCCCGUACGCAGACUUCCCUAAAAAUAACCGGAUAUCCAUGGAGUGGGGGAGAGAGACAAUAGAGAUGCAAGAGAACGGCAGCACAAAAAACCUGCUACAGAUGACUGAUAUCUACUACUCUCCUGCCUUGCGUAACUCAGACCUGGACAGAAAUGGCCUGUACCCCUUCCCGGGUCUCCCAGGCUCUCGCCAUUCAUGCAUCUACCCAGCCCAGUGGAACCCAUCUUUCAUCAGUGAUGAUUCAAGGAGAAGAGACUACUUCUGAGUGGGCCACUGUGAACACGCAAACUAUUAGAAACGUACCAUUUUUUUCAUACUAACAGUUGGGAUUUGUCAGGAUGGGUUUUCUGUCACUGUGUGCAAACCCUAUUUGCACACUAAAUACGUGUUUGUGUGUGUCAGCACAUUAUAAACGUACACAUUUUCUCGAGUAAAAUGUGUUUCAGUGUUUUUGCAUGGCCCAUUCACGUUAACACGUGCAUUUUCCACCGUGCUGAUGUUGUAUUUAAUGUGUUUUUCCUGCCUUACAUACAACCACCAAUACUAAUUUGCUCCAGUGUGUAGGUCGGUGAUCCAUUACAGUUAGCAUCGUGUCUGCCUCUCUUGCUGCCAGAGUUAUGCUGUUGCUGGCUGGUAAUGCAUUGCAGCUUUGCUUGAACAAAAUUGCUUAAUGAUAAAUAAAAGCAUUCACGAUGUUUCCAUUGUGCUCACCAGAUAUGGGGAAAAACGCAAUAAAAAAAAUAAUGCAGCAUCCUUUGGAGGGAUAAACCACAAAUAAAAUGUAGCAAGCAGACAUGCAAAAACACAGAUAAUGUCGUUUCUGUAAGUGAACGUUUAACAUGUGUGUGCCAAUGCUGUGAUCUUCUUACGUAAAGUAUUGAUUCAACAUGACAACAGCAAACCACUGAAGGGUGAACGAAGUUUAGCUUCAUGCCAGUAGAAACUUAGGAAUGACUUUGUAGUCUGUUGCCAACAUUUAUUUAUUCCUUGUAUGUCCAAAUCAAUGACAUGUAGCAUAACAUCUCGUACAUACACACUGACUUUAGAGGGAUAAACCUGUGGCUUUAAAUAAGUAUGUGUGUGUGUGCCUGUGUGUGUGUGUAUGCCUGUGUAUGUUAAAGAAUGAAAGUGUGUGAGGAAUAAUAAUCUGUAUCGUUACUGUUGUUAAAUAUUUGAAUGUAAAGAUGUAUCAUGAUUAGCUAUUUCUGUCGUGGAUUAUUUUUUUUAUUUGAAUGUUUUCUAACUUGGUGUUGAUUCUGGCGUUUUAGUCAGAUGAGCUUAUUUAAAUAAAAAUGUUACAAAGCA